AUGACCGAGACCAUUGGCCUCGCCCAACCUGACCUCAACACCAUGUUUGUCGAGGGCCAGCGCUACCCCCUCGAGAUUGUCGACAUCUUUGCCGCCGGCGCCCAGACCCCGCUCGAGCGCCUUCGCGAUCACAACAAGAAGUUCGGCCUCGCCCUCGACGAGUCCGAGAUGGAGUACCUAGUCGAGGUCUUCAAGCGCCAGGGCCGCCCCCCGCACGACGUCGAGCUUUUCAUGUUCGCUCAGGUCAACUCGGAGCACUGCCGGCACAAGCAGUUCAACGCCAGCUGGACCAUCGACGGCGAGCAGAUGGCCGACAGCCUGUUCGGCAUGAUCCGCAACACCCACAAGACCACUCCCGACUACACCGUCUCCGCCUACAGCGACAACGCCGCCGUCCUCGAGGGUGAGACGGCCGCCUUCUGGGCCCCCGACUACUCUACAGGCUCCUGGAAACUGACCAAGGAGGUCGUUCACAUCCUCGCCAAGGUCGAGACCCACAACCACCCCACAGCCAUCUCCCCCUUCCCCGGUGCUGCCACCGGUGCCGGCGGUGAGAUCCGUGACGAGGGCGCCGUCGGUCGCGGCUCUAAGCCCAAGGCCGGUCUCUGCGGCUUCUGGCAGCCUCGAUAUCAUGCUCGAGGCCCCCAUCGGAAGCGCUCGUUUCAACAACGAGUUUGGCCGCCCGUGCCUGCUCGGCUGCUUCCGCACGCUGCUCACCAACGUCGGCACGACGACGAGCCCGAGUGGCGCGGCUACCACAAGCCCAUCAUGAUCGCCGGUGGUGUCGGCACCGUCCGCCCCCAGCACGCGCUCAAGGAUCCCAAGGACGUCAACGACGGCGCCCACGUCAUCGUUCUCGGCGGUCCCGCCAUGCUCAUCGGUCUCGGUGGCGGUGCCGCCUCCAGUGCCGCCUCGACGGAAGACACGGCCGAACUUGACUUUGCCAGUGUCCAGCGCGGCAACCCUGAGAUGGAGCGUCGCGCCCAGAUGGUCAUCGACACCUGUGUGUCUCUCGGAGACGAGUCGCCCAUCGCCUUCAUCCACGACGUCGGCGCCGGCGGUCUCUCCAACGCUCUGCCCGAACUCGUCAAGGACGCCGGCUUCGGCGGCAAGUUUGAGCUUCGUCAAGUUCACACCGACGACAAGAGCCUCAGUCCCCUUCAGCUCUGGGCCAACGAGUCUCAGGAGCGUUAUGUCCUUCUUGUCAACAAGGACUCCCUGAACCGCUUCGUCAGCAUCUGCCGCCGCGAGCGUUGCCCCUUUUCCGACGUCGGCACCGUCCUCGCCGAAGACGAGAACGGCAACUCCAAGCUCAUCCUCAGCGACCGUGACUCCACCGAGCACCCCCUGCCCAUCGACCUCCCCAUGUCCGCCCUCUUCCCUCCCGGCCGCCGCCUCGAGCGUGUUGUUGAGAGGCGCGAGCUUGACCUGCCGACGUUCAACGCUGUCGCCUCGCUCAAGUCCGCCGUCAGCGACACCGCUUCCAAUGCGGAUCUCAUCACCGCUGCGACGGAGCGUGUCUUCCGCAUGCCGGCCGUCGGCUCCAAAUCAUUCCUCAUCACCAUUGGCGACCGGACGGUCGGUGGCCUUACCGUGCGUGACCAGAUGGUUGGCCCGUGGCAGACGCCCGUUGCCGACUGUGCUGUCACGGCCACGUCGUACCAGAUCGGCUCUAGUAAGAGGACGGGUGAGGCCAUGGCCAUGGGCGAGCGUCCCCAGCUGGCGCUCAUCUCCGCCGCCGCGUCCGCGCGCAUGGCCGUCGCUGAGAGUUUGCUGAACCUCGGCGCUGCCGACAUUAUCGGCGAGCUGAACCGCGUGAAGCUCUCCGCCAACUGGAUGGCUGCCGUCAACCACCCCGGUGAGGGCGCCCGCCUCUACGAGGCCGUCCACGCUAUUGGCAAGGAGCUCUGCCCCGAGCUGAAAAUCUCCAUUCCCGUCGGAAAGGACUCGACCUCGAUGAGGCGUCGUGAGGACCGCGAGUCGGCAGGCACAGAGCGCGGACGUGACGCCCCAGCUCCGCCCGUCGAGGACGUUGGCGAGACCAUCCUGCUGUACGUCGAUCUUGCCGAGGGCAAGCAGGCCAUGGGCGGCUCAGCGCUCGCACAAUCCUUCGGUCAGCUCGGUAACGAGGCCCCUGAUGUCCGCAACGUCGGUCUCAUCACGGACUACUUCGACGCACUCAAGCAACUCCACGAGAGCGGCGUUGUGCUCGCCUACCACGACCGCUCCGACGGUGGUCUCAUCACGACCGUCGCCGAGAUGAUGUUUGCCGGUCGCUGCGGUGUUGAACUUCUCCUGGAUGGCGUUGCCAAGUCCGGCUCGGCGGCCGACGUCCUCGAAGCCCUCUUCAACGAGGAGCUCGGUGCCGUGUUCCAGGUUCGCAAGUCGGACGAGACCAACUUUAAGCGCUGCUUCGCCACCUGCGGACCUCCCAAGGGCCUCAUCCGCAAGAUCGGUGUUGUGAAGGCCACCUCCAAGCAGGAACUCACCAUCCGGUACCAGGACCCGACACCCAUCGUCAACCUGGACCGCGUCGAGAUGCAGCAGUGGUGGUCGCGCACGUCGUACGCCAUGCAGAGGGAGCGCGACAGCCCGGCGCACGCCGACAGCGAGUUCGCCACCAUCGCCGAUUCCGAAGACCCGGGCAUCUCAUUCAACCUCAAGUUCCAGCCCAAGGAGGACAUCAACCCCCUGACGGCGACGGUGGGCAGCUUCUUCAAGAACGCACCCAAGGUCGCCAUCCUGCGCGAGGUCGGCGUCAACAGCCACGCCGAGAUGGCGUUCGCCUUCAAAGCGGCCGGCUUCGACCCGAUCGAUGUUCACAUGAGCGACAUCUUGGCAGGCCGCUCGCUGCGCGAGUUUGUCGGUCUCGCCGCUGGCGGCGGCUUCUCGUACGGCGACGUCUUCGGCGCCGGCGUGGGUUGGGCGCAGUCCAUCCUCGAGCACAAGCACGCACGUCAGGAGUUCGAGGCAUUUUUCAACCGCCCAGACACCUUCUCCCUAGGCGUCUGCAACGGCAGUUUGAGGCCCGGUUUGGAUGUUCACAUCGACGACAGCGGCGCGCGACGCUUCGUCUCUCCACGCAUGAGCGGCUCGUCUCUCCCCAUCGCCGUCUCGCACGGCGAGGGCCGCGCGACGUUCACCUCGCCAACCCAGCUCGACACGCUCGGCGCCGAGGGCCUCGCGCCGCUGCGCUACGUCGACAACCGCCGCCGCACCGCCGAACCCGAGUGCUACCCGGCCAACCCCAACGGAAGCCCCGGCGGCGUGGCAGGUGUCCGAAGCAAGGACGGACGGGUCCUCGCGCUCAUGCCGCACCCCGAGCGCACCAUCAUGGCCGACGUGGCCAGCUACGUGCCGCCCAGUCAGAUUGAAGAAUGGGGCGAGUUCGGUCCCUGGGUCAGGAUGUUCAAGAGCGCGCGCCGGUGGGUGGGCUGA